AGUUCCAAUCGAUAAGACCAAAAGCCUAUUCAAAUCAUCUCUCUUUCUUGGAUGGGGCAUUUUGUAUUAUAUUAUACAUAAAAGAAAAGAAAAAACGAAAUAGUGAGACAGAGACUGGCCGAAGCAUUGUCAAAAGGUUCUUGGUUGAUGUUUGCAGCAUCUUCCUUCUUCAUUGUAUUGGGUUUGGCUGUUCAGCCGCUAUAGUUUGUGAAAAUGAGGGGUCAAGUGGUAUGGCUUAUUGGGGUCAUCAUCUUCCAUUUGAUGGUGGCUAUGGCAGAUACCCAGAUGUUGAAAACAUCAGACUUCCAUUAUGGGCCAUUUGACAGUUCCUACUACAACUUUUUCGCAGUUAUACAGCCAGCUACAAUCAGCAAUGGUGCCCUUCAAGUUACCCCUGAUUCCAUUGGUAAUUUCAGUCUCAGCAACAGGUCUGGUAGAAUUUUCUUGAAUCAAACUUUUAAGCUCUGGGAUGGAGAUCCCAAGAAAAUUGCGAUUCCUACUGUGGCUUCAUUUAAUACGUCCUUUCUUAUCAAUGUUUUUCGAGUCAAUAACUCUGUUCCUGGAGAAGGUGUUACUUUCUUGAUUGCCCCUGACCUCAUCCUUCCUCCUGGUAGUUCUGGUCAAUAUCUCGGAUUGACAAACAGAUCCACCGAUGGCCUUUCCUCCAACCAACUUGUAGCUAUCGAACUCGACACUUUUAAACAAGAUUUUGAUCCAGAUGACAACCAUAUUGGUCUAAACAUCAACAGUGUUCGGUCUAAUAAGACUGUGUCUUUGUCCGAAUUUGACAUCCAAAUUGCUCCAAAUGGUACCAAGUUUUACGUGGUGUGGAUCCAAUAUGAUGGUAAAAACAAGUCGAUACAGGUUUACAUGGCAGAGCAGGAGGAGCAGACCUCCCCGACACCUUCCAGGCCCUCCAAGCCAGUCCUGAGUGCUGAUCUUGAUCUCAGCAGUCUUGUCAAACAAAAAUCCUAUUUGGGGUUUUCAGCAUCAACAGGGAGCAAUGUUCAGCUUAACUGUGUGCUUAGAUGGAACUUGACAAUAGAGGUGCUUCCUGAUGGGAACGACGGAGAACAUUCGCUCAAAAUUGGAUUGGCCAUUGGAGUUCCAUUAGUGGUACUUUUACUGCUUGGAAUUGGAGGGUUGACUUAUUAUUGGUACAAGAAACGGAGGGCCAGAUCUGAUCCUAACAUAUUGGGAGCACUCAAGAGUCUUCCAGGAACUCCCAGGGAAUUCCGGUUUAGAGAUCUGAAAAAGGCUACCAACAAUUUUGAUGAUAAACAUAAGUUGGGUCAGGGAGGAUUUGGGGUGGUCUAUAGAGGGCUGCUGCAGAAGGAGAAUCUGGCAAUUGCUGUCAAGAAGUUUUCCAGGGACAUUAAGGGCAAAGAUGAUUUCUUGGCGGAGCUAACUAUCAUCAACCGGCUGCGCCACAAGCAUCUUGUGCGCUUGCUAGGAUGGUGUCACAAGAAUGGUAUGUUGCUUUUAGUAUACGAUUUCAUGCCAAAUGGGAGCUUAGAUACUCAUCUAUUUUGUGGGCCGGAGAAGACAACACUUAAUUGGAAUUUGAGGUACAAAAUCAUAUCAGGAGUAGCAUCAGCUCUUCACUAUCUUCACAAUGAAUAUGACCAAAAAGUAGUGCACCGGGACCUUAAGGCUAGCAAUAUCAUGUUGGAUUCCAAAUUCAAUGCCCGGUUAGGUGAUUUCGGAUUGGCUCGGGCCUUGGAAAACGAGAAGACUUCUUAUGCAGAGCUGGAAGGAGUGCCUGGCACCAUGGGUUACAUUGCUCCUGAGUGCUUCCACACUGCCAAGGCCACCAGGGAGUCUGAUGUUUAUGGCUUUGGGGCAGUGUUGCUAGAAGUGGUUUGUGGGCAGCGUCCAUGGACUAAAAUAGGUGAAUUCCAACUGUUGGUAGAUUGGGUUUGGUGGCUACAUAGAGAAAGGAGGAUACUUGAGGCUGUGGAUGAAAGGUUAGGUGAUGACUAUGUAGUUGAAGAGGCUGAGAGAUUGUUGUUACUUGGUCUAGCAUGUUCACAUCCUAUUGCUAGUGAAAGGCCUAAAACACAGGCAAUCCUUCAGAUUAUAUCGGGGUCCAUGACUGUACCCCAUGUUCCACCCUUCAAGCCUGCUUUUGUUUGGCCAUCUAUGCCACCACCUACCAGUUUCAGCAUCACCUCUAGCAGCAUGACUAACACCGCUGAUAUCACUCCUAUCUCAUCGGGAUGGACUCCACGAUACAUUAGCAGAGAUGUACAAGGUGAAUUCAGUGACAGCAGCUCUCUCAUGUGACAACUAAUAAUGGCUUUGUUGCAACAUGCUUUUGUUAAAAAGGAGAAAACUACUUUUUUUUUUUUUUUUACUAUUUUCUUUAGCUUUUCUUGUAUUGGGAAAGUGAAAAAGUCCAUACUUCUUAGAUUCACAUUAUAUAAGUUCUGAUAAGAGUGGGAAGUCUGAUAUAAUGUUCCAUUUAUUCUUUUCCCUUCCUCUUACUAUUUUAUACUUCAUUUGUUUCU